AUGUCUUGGCAAGCGUACACUGAUAACUUACUAGCUACUGGUAAAGUUGACAAAGCAGUUAUUUACUCAAGAGCAGGUGAUUCUGUAUGGGCCACUUCAGGUGGAUUCCAAUUACAAGCUAAUGAAAUCUCUGAGAUAUGCCAAGGUUUUGACAAUCCAGCCGGUUUACAAAGUAAUGGGUUGCACAUUCAAGGUCAAAAAUUUAUGUUAUUGAGAGCUGAUGAUAGAAGUAUCUACGGUAGACACGAUGCUGAAGGUGUUGUUUGUGUUAGAACAAAACAAACAGUUUUGGUUGCUCAUUAUCCACCAACUGUUCAAGCUGGUGAAGCUACAAAGAUCGUUGAACAAUUGGCUGACUAUUUAAUCAGUGUUCAAUAUUAA